UUUUGCGUCUUUGACCAAAUUACUGCGAGGGAUGCUUUGGUCUACCGCUCGCUCACUAUGAAGCUUACCACCUCGGCCCGACAAUGGAUAAUUGGGGCGACCCGUGGGCCGACAAUGCCAAAUCACCGACAAAAGACGCGGUGACUUCACCAUUACCACCGACCUUCGCACCUGCACCGGCCCUGUUGAGCGGAUUUCUCGAUGAUGCUGGUUGGGGCAAUGAGGAGGAGAGCUUUGGAGACUGGUCGGCAGCGCCAGCGAAAGAGGUGGAACUUCCGCCGCCCGCAGAUACCCCGAUAUAUGGAACCUUUCCGACGGAGCACAACGAACAUAGUUCGGACAGGCUACACUGGGAUGCUGCAAGCGAGAAACAACACCAUGCGGUCCAUGAACAUGGCGACUGGGGAGGUGUGACGCUCGAUGCGCCCAGAGACGAGGAACAGGUGCUUUCGGAAGCCUCGGACUCUUCAACUACCGUACAGGCGAACGAUAACACCGAAUCCAAAUCAAACGACGCUUCCAAUUCUCUGCAACCAGAUGACGAUUCUUCUGCACGAACGUCUACGUCGCCAUCCGAAGCGAGCCACAACGAUGCUGUAGCCGAAUCACCUCGGACUUCGUAGUAUUACCUCACCAAAUUUCCUUGCCGAGGACGAUGAGGUCAUUCACAGUGAAGACACCGAGA